GCACUUUCGGUUUCGUACCUCGGCAACUUCGGUGUUUCGGUUGCCACUUCGCCAUCACGCUCCAUCUCGCAGGGUCGCAGGGCUACCGCAGGACCUUCUUGUGUGAUCAAACAAGCGCAAGAACUUGCUCCUUUGAUAAAGGCAAACAAUUACCCUCGAUCGCGCUGAGCUGGGCGUGCGAUAGGUGCGCACAUACGCGCAUUUGAUGACAAGUUGAACUGUGAUCUGUUGGUACGAGGUGUUUUGCAACAAGCAAAUCCUAUUAGUGUAAGUGCAAUUUUAGUGAAUCUAUGGUUUAAAAACCGAAAAACUGUGAUUUCAAAGGACUGAUUUAUAGAAAGCUACUGUGAAAAGUAUCAUCCACAAAAUAUUACACACGAUAGACUUUAAGUUUAAGUAAAUAUAUGCUAACAGCUUCUUCCAUAGGUACGAAAUAUUGAACGGAGCUCAUCAUGGGUGAGGAAAAAGUAAAAGAUGACCCGUCGGCACCAUCCGCACCGGGAUACAGUGUUGGUGACUUUAAUUCUACAACCAAACUAGCCGAAUCGCAAAUCAUCUCCGAUGCCGAGUACAACCCGUUCGAGCACCGACAGAUCGACAAGCCGAACAGUACGACCGGUUCGCUGAUCCACCUGCUGAAGAGUUCGCUCGGCACGGGCAUUCUGGCCAUGCCGGUGGCGUUCAAAAAUGCCGGCCUACUGUUCGGUGCGAUCGGUACCGUCAUCAUCGGGCUGAUCUGUACUCACUGCGUGCAUAUACUGGUAAAAACAUCCCACAUGGUUUGCCAGCGGACAAGGAUACCGGUGCUGGGAUUUGCCGAAACAGCUGAGCGUGUCUUCCAGUAUGGACCAGCAAAACUUCGACCUCUGGCCGGCUUUUCAAAAGCCUUCGUUGACUAUGCCCUGAUGGCGACGUACUUCAGUGCCGGGUGCGUGUACAUCGUGUUCAUCGCGACGUCCUUCCACGAUGUGAUCAACCACGAAACUGGAAACGAUUGGAGCGUGCGGAUCUACAUUCUGCUCACGAUGAUACCGAUCCUGCUGAUCGGCCAGAUCCGCGAGCUGAAGUAUCUGGUGCCGUUCUCUGCCCUCGCCAACCUGUUCAUCGUGGUCACGUUCGGGAUUACGCUGUACUACAUCUUCAAAGACCCGCUGGAGUUUGAUGAUAAGCCAAUGUUCUCCUCAUUUGGCACGCUGCCACUGUUCUUCAGCACGGUCAUUUUCGCGAUGGAAGGUAUCGGUGUAGUCAUGCCGGUGGAAAAUUCGAUGUCCAAACCGCAACACUUCCUGGGCUGCCCCGGUGUGCUGAAUACGGCCAUGGGAACCGUAAUUGUUCUGUACGCCGUGAUUGGAUUCUUCGGUUAUGUGCGUUUCGGAGAUGAGUCCAAGGGAAGCGUUACGCUCAAUCUUCCACUAGAAGACUCCUUGGCAGUGGCGGCACAGAUUCUAAUCGCCCUAGCCAUCCUGUUCACGUUCGGCCUACAGUUCUACGUACCGAUGGACAUUCUGUGGCGCAAGAUUCAGGACAAAAUACCAAAGAACAAGCACAUGAUCUCGCAGAUUGCGCUGCGCUCCGGCAUCAUGAUCAUCAUGGGUGGCGUUGGAUUGGCGGUGCCCGAACUUGAACCCUUCAUCGGGCUGGUCGGAGCGGUCUUCUUCUCCAGCCUCGGUCUGUUUGUGCCGUGUGUCGUCGAAACCGUGUUCCUGUGGCCGAACGAGCUGGGCAAGUUCCGCUGGGUGCUCAUCAAGAACGUGAUCUUUGGUGCGUUCUCGAUCUUUGCUCUCGUGGCCGGUGCGUAUGUCAGUAUUAAGGACAUCGUUGCACUCUACACCGACGAUGAAGGACACACGGAAUAAUGGUGGAUCGAGCCGGUACCAAGUACGGAACAUCCCUAAUUGCUGAGCACACUAGCAAUAGUGGAAUCCUUCCGCGGAACAAAAACAGUAUACACCGGUACUCACACAGUGCGCGUGGCACACUGUGAAAGGGUACAAGCGUAGAAAAUAGGCUAUUAUUUUACGAUCGUGACACUUAUCGUGGUGUGUAUCUUAAAUUAAGAUACAGAUCCGAUAGUACCGCCGAAAGAACAAAAGUGUGACAUGCGUGACAUGGCGUUGUUGGGUCAUUCAUUGGCGCAAGGAAGUGUUUUGUGCUAUGCGAACAACGCGCGGCAUCGAUUUCUAUUUAUGAUUGAAGCGUAUGUUUUUUUUUCUUCUCUAUAACUUACUAGCCAUAGUAUAAAUGCUGUUUUAUGUGGAAAUAAAUCUGUUAAUAAAAUAAAGAAAAAAAAACCAA